GGCUCUCUUCUUGUAACCACCACUUGCUUUUCAGGUCGUGUUUUGGUCAUCAUGUCGAAGGUUUACGUGGGUAAUCUGAGUUGGAAUACGACUGAUGAAAGCCUGCGCGCUGCUUUUUCCGAAUUCGGGCAGGUGCUGGACUGUAUCGUCAUGAGAGACCGAGAAACUGGCCGUUCUCGCGGAUUUGGUUUCGUCACGUAUGGCUCCUCACAGGAGGCUGAUACUGCCAUUGGAUCUUUGAACGAACAAGAGCUUGACGGUCGACGGAUCAGAGUCAACUUGGCUAAUGCCCGCGGUUCUGGUGGCGGAGCUGGUGGCUACUCUGGUGGUGGAGGAGGAGGGGGAUACCAAAGUCAAGGUGGUGGAGCAGGCUAUGGUGGAUAUAGUGGGGGUGGAGGUCAGCUUGCUAUGGUCAAAGCUCCGCAGGCUAUGGCCAGGGUGGCUCGGCUGGCGGUGGGUACAAUCAAGGAGGCUACAAUCAAGGUGGAGGCUACGGGCAAGGUGGCUACACUGGCUCGGGGGGAGGAGCUUAUCCAGGUUACUAACUUCGUCACACUAUCAUCCACACUGUCCUUGCUCGCUGUUGUCUAUAUCGACCAGCGUGACUGUAACGGUCACGCAUCCAUCACCCUUUCCUCUCCUCCCUCCGUCUCUCGACCCACGACCCCUGCACUUUUCAGUGCUGUUGGCCCUAUGGCUGGUCCCGCGCGCAAUGCCAAGACAGUUCAGCCACCCCGACCGCCUAACGCGUGGAUUCUGUAUCGAGCAGAAAAGGCGAAAGAAAUCGGGCGUAAGGCUCAGGCGGACGUGUCGCGGGAAAUAUCAACAAUGUGGAAGAACGAGGCCCCUCAUAUUCGUGCAGAAUAUGAGCGUCGAGCCGACAUAAAAAAGGCGGAGCAUCAGGCAAUGUAUCCAGAGUACCGCUUCCAACCUGUUAAACGCGAGGAAAAAGAACGUCUCCGCCUGGAGAAACGACAAGAAAAGGAGCGAAAGAAACAAGCUCAACGACAAACACGCGUCAGUAUACAGCAACCCCCGCCAAUUUCGCAGCAACUCCCACCCCCACCUCCACUAUAUUUUACUGCCGACAAUCGCUUUGCUAUGGCCGGCCCGUCCCCUCCCCUCUCAGCGGCUGCUUCACCAGAAGCAAAAGUUGUUGAACUUCCUCGAAUCGAAUCCUAUCCACAAACUCCCAGCAGCACAUUGCCGUCACCUGCUUUGCCACCCUCACUAUACGUGCCAAUGCCCACUCCUGAGCCGGAGCAGAAGAAUUGGUCGAUGCCAUCGGACUAUGUCGAGUUUGAUAUACCGACACCAUUCGAAUCCACCCAGUCGUGGACAGGCACUCUCUCGUCAGAGUUUGAUGUCGAAGCGAUGUUAUCAUCGACUGCAAACCCGUCAGUCUUCCAACUGUCUGGGUUUGAUCCCCAGACUUUGUUGGAAAAUCCAAACGGGAACCUCGAGAUUUCUCUGGCGCCUUUUGACAUGUCCUACAUGAAUGAGCCAGUCCCCAGUCUGUCUGAUCUCGGGCUAUUUGCAACUCCUCAGGACGAAGCCUCUGACGAGCUGUCUUCCUUUCUUGCAUCACUCAGUACACCUCAACCUGAUUAUGGGGCUGCCGACCAAUUCCUCAAUCUCGAUCACGAUGACCCUCCUGACACCCAACCACAGCCACAACAACCUACGCACAUUCCUUAUAUUCCGCCCUCUGGCGCGUCACAAUCGAAUAAUCGACGGGUCGGAGGUACUUGGUCUCGUCCAUCACCACCGCUCACAUCACCCAUUGACCCUCGUGGGCCUCUUUGGAGUGUUCACGCCUAA